AUGAGGAACGAUCCUCCACUUGAUGGCAACUCCCCAGAUGGUGGCAAAAAUAAUGCAGGUGUGAACAACGGAGGUGGUGACAACAACUCAAAGAAUAACCCAAAUGAGCAAAAUGGGAAUAUAAACAAAAAAGGGAAAACGAAGGAGGAUGAAGCAGAUCUGCCCGUGCAAGCACAAAACGAAAGCGACAAAAAUCAGAUAGAAAAAAUAGCUGAUGAAGCAGAGCUACUCGCUGAAGAGGCAAAAAUGUUAGCGGACUUGGCAUCCAAAAUGUCUCAAAAGGUAGAACAAAUUUUGGGCACCCUUUCACAAGAACGCGUCCCGACAAGGUCAGAGUUAGAGUUAGUGUUAGAGACAGAUCCAGAAUUAAAGAUGGAAGUCUUUCACACAGCGGAUGACGCAAUAAGAGCAAAAGACGAUGUGAUAAAGGCCGCCCUGGAAGCCAGAGAGGCCGAAACGGUAAUAGAUGCAAAUGAAGCAUUGGAUAAAGCGAAAAAGGCAAAGACAUUAGCAGAAAAUCUAGCCCAAAAGGUAAAAACAAACGCAAUAAAAGCACUUAAGGCUAAGAGUAAGGACUCCGAAGUUUCCGAGGUGGAAAAAAUAAAAAUCCCAAUUCCGGAAGCGUCGAAGCCGAAAAAGGUGUUGAAAAAACAGGAAGAAAAAAAACAGCCACCAGCGGCAGUAGCAAAACCUGAAGCAACGCCUCCCACAAAAGAAGCGACUCCGGUGAAGAAAGCCCCAGAAAUGCCAAAGAAGGAAGCAGCAAAGGCAGACGCGGCAAAGGCAGAUGCGGCAAAGGCAGGCGCAGCCAAGGCAGGUGCAGCUCCGGCCGCCCCCGAACCCGCAGCAGCAAGCAAAGUCGCGAAAGAAGCAGUCGUUGAAUCCGCGGAAAACAAGUCAGAUUCGCUCUACAAAGAAAAAAACAUAAAGGAAGGAACCGCAGAGGCAGAAAAUAACCAAGAACAAAGACACGACCCUGAAUCCGAAAGUCUUCUACAGAAACAAAUAAAUGUAUUUUACAAUUUGGUGCAAUUUUUUAUAAGUAAAAUUAAGGCGAUUUUCAAAAUUUUCCUAUUCUGGCAACUUAGUAGAAACAACAACUGA